AAAAAUGCAGAGGAGAAAAUGGCAACUGUUGGCAGCAGCUUCGUUUCUCCAUCAAUCUUCCCUUCUCCACUUCCAAACGAUGUGCGCAAUGCUACCAUGAAAUCUAUGUCCAAUACCAUCAUGGUUUCUUCUAAGACUCCCUCUAGAUCUAGUAAAGUUUCAUGUAUGUUAUCUGAAAAUCCCACAACCAAAAUGGAAGAGUACAACAUUGCUAUGAAGAAGAUGAUGAGAAACCCUUAUGAGUAUCACCACGAUCUUGGUAUGAACUACACAUUGAUAACUGAUAAGCUGAUUGUGGGCUCCCAACCUCAGAAACCUGAAGACAUAGAUCAUCUGAAAAAGGAAGAAGAUGUUGCCUACAUCCUUAACUUGCAGCAGGACAGAGACAUUGAGUAUUGGGGAAUAGACUUGAAGUCUAUAAUAAAAAGAUGUCAAGACCUUGAAAUUCGUCACAUGAGAAGGCCGGCAAGAGAUUUUGACCCAGAUUCCUUGAGAAGUGGAUUACCUAAAGCUGUUUCAUCUUUGGAAUGGGCCAUUUCAGAGGGAAAAGGAAAAGUGUAUGUGCACUGUACAGCUGGAUUGGGGAGAGCUCCUGCUGUUGCAAUUGCUUACAUGUUUUGGUUUUGUGACAUAGAUCUGAACACGGCAUAUAAUAGGCUUACUUCAAAGAGACCUUGUGGACCCAAUAAAAGUGCAAUCCGUGGAGCUACUUAUGAUUUGGCUGAGAAUGAUCCUUGGAAGGAGCCCUUUGAGAAUCUUCCGGGACAUGCUUUCGAGGGCAUAUCAAAUUGGGAAAGGAAAUUGAUUCAGGACAGGGUCCGCGCCCUCCGUGGAACUUGAGAAUGAUGCUGAGAUUUGUCUUAAAAUUCAUUAAGCAUAAGUCUAGAGACAAACUCCCCAGUGCGCUUUAUGGCACGAGAAGCCUGACUGUGGAGCCACUUUCCCCUCUGAUUAAGUAUUUUGCUUCAUUUCUAAUGAAGAAUAAAAGGCAAAGAAGAAACAGAAGACACGCAAAGAAUGGAAAUACAAACUGUUUUAUGAAUGAUUAUUUAUUUUGGAAUGCAAAGGUGAUGGGAUAGACAAAAGGGCACUAGUUCCCUGUAUGCAUAAAUUGUCUUGCUGAGGAUGGAUUUGAAUAAGGUGUUUGGUAUGCCUAGCCACAGAAUUUAGUAGCAAAGGAUUUGAAACCUAAUGCUCAAUUCUAACUAGAAAUUGGAAGUGUCAACACAACCUUUUGGGC